UCUUUGGGGUUCAGAGAGAUGCACUAAGGAAAACAACUGGCUGAAUGGACUGGAGGUCUCAGAUACCAGGGCUUAGCAGGGACUGAGAACUCACGAGAGAAUGAAAGGUGGCUGGCGCUAUACUCUGCUGUCCAGUGAGUUAGAAGACACUCUGUCUGCAGAGGAGGGUGAGGAAGAGGAGGAGACAGCACCAGCUUCAGCCUCAGCGCCAGCUCCAGCCUCAGCCCCUGCUCCUGAAGAUCCCGAAGAGCCCCAGCUGACAGAACCCAGCCAGGUUUUGGGAGCCUCAGAGAUUAAGCAGCUCAGCCUCCACCUCCCUGCAAGACUCACUGGCCAUUCCUGGAGUCUGGUCUUUUGCACCUCGAGGGAUGGCUUCAGUUUACGGAACCUGUACAGGCAGAUGGAGGGCCACGACGGGCCGGUGCUGCUGGUGCUGAGGGACCAGGAAGGGCAGAUGUUUGGGGCCUUCUCCUCCUCGGCUAUUCGAUGCAGCAAAGGCUUCUAUGGUACUGGCGAGACAUUCCUCUACUCCUUCUCGCCAGAGCUGAAGGUCUUUAAGUGGACAGGAAAUAACUCUUUCUUUGUGAAAGGAAACUUGGAUUCACUAAUGAUGGGCAGUAGCAGUGGCCAGUUUGGUCUUUGGAUGGAUGGAGACUUGUACCAUGGUGGGAGCCAUCCCUGUGCAACCUUCAACAACGAGGUGCUGGCCCGGCAGGAGCAGUUCUACAUCCAGGAGCUGGAGGCCUGGGUUCUGAGCUGAUGCCCCGCAGUGGACAGCUUCCUGAGGCAACAGGU